GCAGAGCCUUUAAACUCCUGCAGCGUUUCCUCCAGCGUGCACUCCAUCUCUCUCUCUCUCUCCGGACGCCACCAUGUCCGACCAGGCCGCGUUCGACACCAACGUGGUCACCAUGACCCGGUUCGUGAUGGAGGAGGGCCGCAAGGCGAAGGGCACCGGGGAGCUGACGACGCUGCUCAACUCGCUGUGCACGGCGGUGAAGGCCAUCUCCAGCGCCGUGCGCAAAGCCGGGAUCGCUCACCUUUACGGCAUCGCCGGCGGCACCAACGUGACGGGCGACCAGGUGAAGAAGCUGGACAUUCUGUCCAACGACCUGAUCAUCAACAUGAUCAAGUCCUCCUUCACGUCCUGCAUGCUGGUGUCCGAGGAGAACGAGAAGGCCAUCAUCAUAGAGCCGGAGACGAGGGGGAAGUACAUCGUGUGCUUCGACCCUCUGGACGGCUCCUCCAACAUCGACUGCCUCGUCUCCAUCGGGACCAUCUUCGCCAUCUACAAAAAGUACACGGACGAUGAGCCGUGUGAGAAGGACGCGCUGCAGCCCGGCAGGACCCUGGUGGCGGCCGGCUACGCCCUCUACGGCAGCGCCACCAUGAUGGUGAUCUCCACCGGCCAGGGGGUCAACGGCUUCAUGCUCGACCCGGCGAUCGGCGAGUUCAUCCUGGUCGACCGGGACGUGAAGAUCAAGACGCGAGGGAAGAUCUACAGCUUGAACGAGGGCUACGCCAUGCACUUUGACCCGGCCGUCACCGAGUACCUGCAGAAGAAGAAGUUCCCUCAGGACGGCACGGAGCCGUACGGCGCCCGCUACAUCGGCUCCAUGGUGGCAGACGUCCACCGGACGCUGAUGUACGGAGGCAUCUUCUUGUACCCGGGAAACGUGAAGAGCCCCCAAGGAAAGCUGCGGCUGCUGUACGAAGGUAACCCCAUGGCCUUCAUCAUCGAGCAGGCGGGCGGCUUGGCCUCCACCGGCUUGGAGCCCAUCCUGGACAUCCAGCCCAGCGGCAUCCACCAGCGGGCCCCCGUGGCCAUGGGCUCCCGGGACGACGUCCUGGAGUACGUCGCCAUCUGCCGGAAGCACGCCGCGAAGAAGAAGUGAGGCCGCCGAUCAGCGAGAGAGGAAACCGAAACUGGAGGUUCGGCUCAGUUCGAGCUCGAUGUACUAAAGGGGUUCGAAGUCGGGGGGGUUAGUUGGGACCGCGAUGUUUUUUGAUCCGUAGAAACAUGAAAACUUGUGGCUCAUCAGCUCGGUGACGCACACAAACGCACACAUUCCACAAAAAACACACUUCCAAAGAACCAAAAUGUGCCAAAAAAAACAAAAGUCUGCUGUUUGCUACAAUGAAGUCUCAAUAAAUGAAGAAAUGUCAAAGAUUAAA